AUGUCCGCUUCGUUGGUAACAGGCCCUUAUGGCGCCCAUCAACUCUCACAGCAUCCUCUCUACAACUGCGUUACAGCACCACAACCUCCUCCAUCUCCACCAGUAGACGAAACAUCAAAAUGUUCAUUGCCAUCUAUAUCAAGCCUUUUAGGCCUGGCCGAUGGAUCAAGUCCCCAAGAGCAAUCUCCACAACAGACAUCGCAGCAACAAUCAGCACAAUCAACAAAGAGCGAAUGUCGACCAGGCUCAGGGCAUCAAACCUAUGGCCCUUCGCCUGCUAUGAGCACUCGUGGUGCUCUCCCGCCUACUCCACCAAUGCAAUCCGAGUCUGCUUUCGACGGGCGUCAGUCACCGUCUGCUGGAUCUACCUCUGGAUACUCUGUGGCUUCUGCGCCUAGCUAUUACUUUACUCCUUCGACUAUAUCAGCGAUCCACAACGUUGAAUCACAUCCCCAUCGUCAACACAUCCCAACUAUGCCUCAACGAAGAGUGUCAAUGCCAGCGGCAUCGAUAGCAUAUACUCAGCCAACAUUCAAUGGUUCUCAGUAUAACAUGUCACCUACUCAACAACCUUACUAUGCGGGUCCGAUGCAAUCAGCACCACCACAGUCGCAAAUUUCUGGGCUCUACUACCAAAGACCUCUUCCUCAACAAUUUCCCCCAUCAUUAAUGCCGGUUUCUGUGACAUUAACACCAUCCUCGGGAGCCAACCCAUGGCAACAUCACCACUACAUUUCUCCCUCCUCGGUGGCCUCGUUCCCCCAAUCUCAAGAUCGCUAUAUCUGCCAAACUUGCAACAAAGCGUUUUCACGGCCGUCGAGUCUACGGAUUCACUCGCACUCACAUACGGGAGAAAAGCCGUUCAAAUGUCCGCAUCAGGGAUGCGGAAAGGCGUUCAGCGUCCGGAGCAACAUGAAGAGACACGAACGAGGCUGCCAUAGUUUCGAGGGUGAGACUAUGGCGUGA